GAGCUGGCACAAGAGUGCACUAUGUCGUAUAAAUAUCGCUGUAUCGGCGCAGUGAAGUUCUCAGUGACGGUUGGCGUGACGGUGCGUACAUAAAAUAUAGCAAAAUCGAACUUGCGGGUCAAAUAAACUCAGUGCGAAAAUAUUUGUGAAAAUAUAGAGGAUAAUAUUAGAGGAAGUGUAUGAAACAAUAAAAAAAAUUUAUAUACAAAUUUUAAAAAAAUGUCCUUUAAGUCAAAUGUAUUGUGGUGUGCACUACUACUCUGCGUGAUAUGGUUCACAAGUGCUAAAGGAGGAUCUUUCCAGUUAAAUUUGCAUAAAAAUCACAAAUUUAGUGCCGGAAUUGAUGGGUCCAAUGAAGAAGUAAACAAUGAGCGCAUUAUGUGGGUGCAGGAGAUGAAGCAACUGCGGCAGCACAUCAAGCACUGCGUUCAGCAAACCAGCGACUCUAUGUGGAACUGCUUUAAAACGAGUAGUGUACGUGUUUUCGAUGACAUCCUGUCCUCCAAUAUUAUAUCCCUGUGGCCCGGAGUUCGCCUGGUGCGCGCGCUCACAACGCUAAAUGUAACGAACGAGAUUGAGGCGAAAGGCCUCAGCGAGUAUUAUGAGCGCAAGGAUCUACAACAUCUCACCUGGUUCGAUCAACUCGCCAUGCGGCUGGCACAAACGUUGAGCACACAUUUUUUGCAAGUGAACUUGCAGGAGCUAACCGACGCUUAUAUUGGAGCUUUAGAAAAGAAUGCAAAUAAUAAGAAGUUGGUUGCCGAUGAACUGGGCACCGCCCGCCAUCGUCGCCAACGCUACAAUAUGAUGAUAACGAUGAUGUUCGGUGUCACCGCUUUAGGUGCUGUGCUUGUACCCAUGGGCUUUCAGAUGCUCUCCAUUGUGAGCGGUAAAGCUUUGCUUUUGGCGAAAAUGGCGCUGCUAUUAGCUUCCAUCAAUGGCCUCAAGAAGCUUUCUCAUCCUUCCAAUUCAUUGCCACAGGUCGCCAAUAGCGGCAUACAUUACGGUCUCUACCAUGUGCCGGGCGAACAUUACGGCUAUUACGAUCGCGGCGAUGCUCCACAUCAUCCGAGACAAGUGGCAAGUUUUGCUAUAGCCCCACCAGUUACCGAGGAACUGGGCUUAAAGAAAUAAUAAAAACAUUGCAAGUUUUUUAGAAUUGAUUAGAUAAUUUUAUAAAAUUAAGUAAAUAAGUAUAAAUGUAAAUUAGUUUUUUAAUGAAUUCAUUUCACAAAAUAUAUAGUAGGAGUAUAAUAGCAUAAGUUUUUGUGACUUAGAAUAAAAAUAUUAAAAAAUAAACACUAG